GUUGCUGGUAGAGAACUAACGGCAUCGGCAUUCAGCGGUUUCGGAGUCGAGGUGAACAGCAGUCAAGAACCACUCAAGGCGCAACACAAUGCCUCGAGUCUAUAUUGGACGACUGAGUUAUCAUGUCCGCGAAAAAGACAUUCAGCGGUUUUUUAGCGGAUACGGAAAACUAAUGGAGAUCGACUUAAAAAACGGGUAUGGAUUCGUGGAGUUCGAGGAUAAUCGGGAUGCUGACGAUGCCGUUUACGAGCUGAACGGAAAGGAGCUGUGCGGGGAGCGGGUGAUCGUCGAGCAUGCCCGGGGGCCGCGACGAGACCGAGAUGGCUACGGUGGGGGUUACUGGGGUGGUGGGCGCAGUGGUGGUGGUGGUGGUGGUGGUAGUGGUGGUGGUGGUUACAGCAGCCGAAGCCGCUCUGGCAGGGACAAAUAUGGCCCUCCAGUCCGUACAGAGUACCGCCUCAUUGUGGAGAACUUGUCUAGCCGCUGUAGUUGGCAGGACCUAAAGGACUUUAUGCGUCAGGCAGGAGAAGUGACCUAUGCAGACGCCCACAAGGAACGUACCAACGAGGGAGUGAUUGAGUUCCGGACCUAUUCUGACAUGAAGAGGGCUCUGGACAAGCUGGAUGGCACAGACAUUAAUGGACGGAAGAUUCGUCUGGUGGAGGAUCGGCCUCGCAGGCGUCGGUCCUACUCUGGCAGCCGCUCCAGGUCUCGCAGUCGCCGCCGCUCCCGCAGCAGGAGAAGCAGGAGCCACAGGAGCAGGAGCUCAAAGAGUCACUCCAGAUCCCACUCAAGGUCUCGUUCCCGCAGCAACAAGAGACGCGAUCAUUCCCGUUCCAGGUCUGAGAGAAAGUCUCGCUCCAAGUCAGGAGAACGCAAAUCACGUUCUCGCACUGGCAGGUCUCGUUCUCGAUCCCACAAAUCCAAAUCUCGUUCACGCUCUCGCAAAUCUCGGUCCCGUUCAGCCGAACACAAGUCCAAGUCUCGUUCAAAGAGUCGUUCUAAGGUGAAGUCGGAGCGAGAUUCUCGUAGCCGAUCAAAGGAACGGUCUGCCGACAAGAAGUCCCGCAGUCGCUCAGCAUCCCCAGUAGAGAAUGGAAAAGAAGAGCAUGCAGCCAAAUCUGCCUCCCGCUCCCCGUCUCCACAGGAGGAUGAGCACCGAUCCCAGUCCAGAGAGAAGCGUUCAGCGUCCCGCUCCAAGUCCCGCUCCAGGUCUCGUUCACGGUCUAGAUCAGCCUCUCAGGAGUAGUGGAGGUGGAGAAGAGAGAGGUUUUCUUAUUGUUGGGCUUGAUCCUUAUGCUGUACAUAGUGAGCAGUGUUGUAAUAAUUGGCUUAUGCUUCUGAUUUUUUUUUUUUUUUUUUUUUCUCUACAAGUGUGCAUUUGUCUUUUAACUUGUUUAAGCAGGAGUUUAUUAGACCAUCAAUCACAAUACAGUGACUGUUUUUGGAGUUGUUCCAUAUGAUCAGCCCCUUGAAAUUACAAAUUGACACCAAUUAUUAUUGGAAAAACAUGGAUUCUAAACAUUGAGGCUUAAAACCUUAAGAUUGAUAAAGUUUAGGUUUCUUACUGUUCUGCUUUCAUUAAAGGUUUUUGUAAUGCAGUGAAUGUUAAGAUGUCCCACGUGUACGUUUAUUCAGUUUGCAGCAGUUUGUUUUGGUUGGUAGUUCGACAGUUUGCUGCUCUCAUGUCUCCAGUCCUCUUGUCUGAAGCAUCCACCAUUGCAAAGUAUUUUAUUUUAUUGUAUUUUAAUUUUUUUUUUUUUUGUACUCAUUCAGCUCGCAUGAUUGUUGGACAAAAGUAGCAUUUGGCUGCAGUUUAAUUUUUGAUCUGCACACUCAGUCACAUUCUCCAGGAAUCAGUCGGUCUCAAUUUUUAAACAGUACGUAUUUAGGAUGUGAGACCUUGUACUGCAGAACUGCAUAUUUUCAAUAAAAUGAGGGUUUGUACUUGAUGUUUGAA